AAACAGCUUUACCUACGUAACUACUCAGACGCACCAUAAAAUGCAAUCGAUAUGGCUUUCGCAUAAAAACACACAUUUAUAACAACACUAUUGAUGUAUUUUCGCAAACACAUUCUGAGGUCAUAUUACACUGCAAGCCUUUCACAGGAGACACAGUGGGGAAGCAAAGGGAGUGUGGCAGAGGAACCAUCACAAGGACCGAGAAGAGUGCUAGGAUCACAGUCAUAGGAGCGGGUCCCACUCGGGUCGAGGAAAGUCUGAGUUACAGUUGGUAUAACAGUCUGCAGUGAUCAUGUUACAGUCGCAACAAGAACGAUCAAUGGACAACACGAUGACUAUAUUGCAAACAUAAAAGCAGUGAUCACACUAUUCCGGGAUUGUUUGUAUUGCAUCAAAUUAGUGGUGAGAGACGGUCAACACAGUGAUUGCACACUUGAUCACAGCAGUGCUCCUACUCUUCUCCAUACAGAGGGGCUAUGAGACUGAGAAGGAGCUUUUUUGACAGCCAGUUAAUACUUGUCCUCAACAUCGUCACAAACUAUGCCUGGCUGCUGCCAUCGCCGUGGAGAAUUUCCAUGGAGUCUGUAAACAUGAGGCACUUGCUCAAGUGGCACCGUCAACAGUCCCCAUGCAGCUCUAUCAUCUACUCUGUGCAGUUCCAGGGGGAAUUUGAGCUGAGGAUCUUGAAUGGAAGUUGGGAGGACGCGGUUGGUUGUCAGCGCGUCACGCAGACGGAGUGCGACCUGACCUUUGACCUUGGUUCUGACUCAGACUACAACAUCCGCGUGCGGGCAGAGUGCGGAAGGCGUGUGUCACCGUGGGCUGAGCUCGGGAGGCCAUUCAACAGGAGAGAGACAAUCCUGACGGUGCCAGCUAUAACUGUGACCACCAUGGGAGAUGCCCUGCAGGUGACUUUCAAAAGCCUUCCCCUGACCGUGGGAGUGACUGUGUCUAUCUGGAAGAGAGGCGAGUUGGUCAGGGGCAAGGCCUCCUUGCGUGUGAUCACAGUGCAACAGAAUCCGCUCUACAUCGACGCCCUGCAGGAGGGAGCAGUGUACUGCGUCAAAGCCCAGGCCCAUCUGGACACCCACAGCAAAAGCAGCAGCACUGACACACAGUGCGUCUCCAUCACAGGUCCUGGACCUACCUGGCUGAAGCCCACUACGGUGACUGUUAUCGUGGUGAUAUUGGCCGGCCUGGUGUUUUUUCUCUCUUGGUCAGUAACCCACUGUAGCCCAGAGGCCUGCUACGCCUAUUUCCGCAAGGAGCCACAGCCCACCGCACUGCUCCUUGAUUGGCCGCUCACAAGAGUCAAGAUCUAUCCCCAAGAUGAGCUUCGUGAACCAAUCCACACCGUCCUUUUAACUGAGCAGCAAAGAGGACUGAGCAGCAGUGAGCCAUCCAGUCAAUUGGAUAAGUGGACACAAUCUAUAUGUUCAGAAGGCACAGACAGACCAUAUCAAGUUUGAUUGAUACUGUAGGUUAAUAAGAAGGGUCAGAAGUGAUGAGUCUGGAUUGGAGAAGCCAGGAGGCCGGCAGUUGCUCAGAGGGAGACAGAAGGGUCCUGUGUGGCUCAGUUGGUUAGGGCAAUGACGCUUGUAACUCCAGGGUUGUGGGUUCGAUUCCCAUGGGGGACCAGUAUGAAAAGUGUAUGCACUCACUUCUGUAAGUCUGCUAAACGACAAACGUCAAUGUACAAUGUACAAUUUAGUAUUUGUGUUCUAGAUAAGUCCGAGAUGUAUAUGGGUGAUUCUACAGAAGUGGUGCAAAUUGCAGUCCCACCCCCCAAAAAAACUGUUACGUCUCCAAACUUAGGAACUUUAUUUACAUCAUGAUAUGUUCUAAUUCAAUCUAAGGCAAUAACAAACAUAUUGUUAAUUAAUAUAAUACAAAGUCAUCGUUUAUGCACUAUUUCUAUUGACGGGUGGCUAUUCCAAACCAUGUCUCCUAAACUCCAUGUUUUGAAAAUAAAGCAAUGAAUGAUUUUAGUAAUUUUUUAUUUCAGUUGAACAUCUCGACUUGUUUUAUUGAAAGAUACUGAUCUCACUACCGAAAUGCACACACUAAAAGCCUGUAGAAUGAAUGUGCCUUGAGCCCUACAAAUAUCACCAGGUGAUGGGAUGGCACCCCUCUACGUGGCCACAUGGCGAGUAGUCUGUCUGCAACGAUUUUGGAGAAAAUCAGUGAGCAAGUUGGUAAAUCUUCAUGUAUUUUGAAGAAGUGUCACUACCUAAUCUAAUAUAUCAACAAAUAUGUAAAGUACGGUUUUGGGACAGAAAUAUACAGUAUGUUUGCUGGGAUGUACAUCUGUCCAAAUGAAAGAUCGCCCUCCAUAUGUUAACUAUGGGGAUUCUUUAUUAAAGGCCAAAAUAAGUCAAAAUUGUCCAAACUGAAAUGGUCACAACCCAAACAAUUGACACCAUUAGUGAUGUGUGGGUCAGCUGUUUGUUCACCUGCCCGCAAACGCUAAUAACCCUUCUGCAACCGGCAGACUGUGAUAAAUGUACCUUUUUAGAUAGGCUUAUGUUUCUGCUUAUAAUUAUAGGCAUUUUGGGAGUCAACUUGUCUAUAUUUAGAUACAUGCAGCUUCUCUUCUGUCAUUACUUGUUGCCCUAGAAUACUAAAUAAACCC